AUGUUUUCAAAUAGUAGAUCAUCAUUAUUAUUACCGAACAAUAAUGAUCACAGCAAUCAAUAUCGAGGUCCUGCGUAUAGUGAUGAUCGUUUACUCGUUCCUCCUUGUUCUUACGUACAUUAUAAAUCCGAACCUAAUGUUGCAUUAUAUUUUGACAAUCAAGCAGAACAACGGCGUCUUUCUGAUGGUCCGUAUCCUGCAUCAGCCCGCCGUCCAUAUACCUAUCGUUAUUAUCAUCAUCCAGGUGAGCCUAUUGGCAAUGAACCGUGCAUGUUAAAACGAAAAAAUUCUUCGUUCAACAUAAUUUUGGAUUCAACAAGCUCAAUGAUGCGUACAGCAUCGUCGACUGUUCAAUGUUUUAUUGGAUCAGCUCGUCGUGCAUCGCAUUGUGGUCAACCCGAUCCAAGUGUACAACUUGCACCAAAUGGUGUCAGUGGUUCACUUUAUUUACGUUCGGCCACAGCUAAUUCAAAUGAAUCAUCGUUAUCAAGUUCAUCUUAUGAUGAACAAAAACGUCAAGUCACCAUUUACGAUGGUCGCAUUCCAACAACACCAUUUCCACCUAAGAUUCCUUUUGAACUCAUGACACCAUUUGAUGUAAUAACUAAAUCGAUCGAUGAUCCACUCGAAUCAUUUGUUCAAAUCGUACUAGAGAAGCCAGACGAUAGGCCACCAAUAAUUCCACCUAUGCUACCAUCACCGACACAUAUGAAUUCAUCAGGUCGACUUCGACGUCGCAGUAGUUCUCCUCGCUUGGAAGUAACUCAACCACGGCCACCAAAGUCAAUUGAAAAUACUUCGUUACCAAAAUUAACACAACAUCAAUUCAUGCCCGUGAAAGAUUUAAUUAAUUCAAACGAAUCACACUGUCAAACAUCUGAUGUUAUUGAACCAAUGGAUUUUUCAUUUUUGGAGCCGGUGCUACGAGGCGAAAGUGCUGCUCCACCACCACCUAUGCGAAAGCAGUCACUUUUGUUAUUAAAUAAAAAGCCCAUUAAUUCACGAAUUUCUCUUCAAAAUAGUUCGGCAACAGAAGAUUCAGCUAUCGAUCUAAAUUUAUACCACCGUUCUUCAUAUCCACCAAAUCAUGCAACAACUAUUCAAGAUGAUUUAACAUCACCUGAAUCUUCAUCUGGUGAUAAUCAUAAUUAUUAUCUUCCACAUUGUCGUCGCUCACAUAUAACACCAUUUACGGGAUAG